UUGGUCCUGCCAAGACUGAACCCCCAGUGAACGUGAUUGUUGGGGGGGGGCGGUAAUGGGGGGAGGAUGGGGAUGGGACACCAAUAUAGAAGGGGAGGGGGAGCUGCUAGGGGGAUGUUGGCCUGGAAACUGGGAAGGGGAAUAACAAUCGAAAUGUAAAUAAGAAAUACCCAAAUUAAUAAAGAAAAAAUGAAUACUUGGUAAAUAACAGAAAACUUAAAGCUAUAAGCAAAGCAAUUCAUUUCAACUAGUAAGUACUCAGUGAAAACCGUUUGAAAUUUUUAGUAUGUUUACAACUUUAAAAUAAAAAUUUCUGUAUCUUGAUAAAUGAUUCUUACAGAUACAAAAUAAAAAUUUUUAUUUAAAAAAUAAUAAUGGUGGACAGACAGCCAAGCAGGCAAUAGUCUGCAUUAUUUUGGUGUCUUUGUGUAUUCCUUGUCCAGUAAUCCAUUUGGAGGUGUCCUGUACCUGGCCCUGAAGUUUCAAUAAAUGACUCAUGUCUUCCUGGAAGAGUAGUUAAGCUCCACUGUUCUAUAAUAUUUGUCAUUAACUUACAGUCUAGUAGAUUCACAUAAGGCUAAUUUCUACAUCUUCAGCUUGGUUAACCCACCCCUAGCCCUUGUUAUUCCCCACCCUUCUGCCUCAUUAACAUUUAAACCUUGAACUCUAAGGAUCACCACCCCGUCCCCCAUUCUUUCAUCACACAUGUAUUCUACUAUCCCCUAUGAUUGUACUUAUUUAUUUUUUUGACUUGGGUGACAAUUUAAAAAGUUAAGAUCAUAUGGAAACCUGUUAUUCUGAUUUUUUAAUUUGAUUUUUUUGUUUGUGAAUAUAUAUUUUUACAUAAAUGAAUACGUGUGUGUGUGUGUGUGUGUGUGUGUGUGUGUGUGUGUGUGUGUGUAGGAUGAUACUGGGUAUUUUCAUUUAUCCUUUUGUACCUUAUUUUGACAGGAUACCUCCCUGAACCUGGUACUCAUGGACGACUAGACUGAUUGGCCAUGGGACCUUGAGAUCCUUAGGUCUAUUUUUGUUGAAGAGGAUCUAUGCCUAGAUGAUGAAGAUGGUGUUGAAGAAGAACAAGAAGAUGAUGGUGUAACACUUUUCAGAGUACUGUACCAGAGGGCAUGCUGCGGAAGUCAGAUCCAGUACAGUCCAGUUGCUUUCCUCCUUCCGUACCUUACAUGGGCCCAAGGGAUGACUUCCCUCUUGUACUGCAAGGCUUUGUGCACUAAGCCAGCUCUCUGGCCCUGAGCAGCCUCUGCACUGUGAAGUCCGGGUGUCGUGGCUAUUCAGAAACUCACGUUAUUCCUAUUGAAAGAUUAUUAAACUCUCGAUUUGGCUGCAGGGUGAGGUCCUGUAGUUCCAAAUUCCUGAAACUGAAGUAAGAGAAUCUAUCACUUGAGCCCGAGAACUCAAGAUCACCCUGGGUGACCUAUAGCGUCACACUUCAGAAAAUGAACAUAUUAGAUUUUAAGUGUCUAAAUUUACGACUGGCAUUAUCAACUCUAGGCACACAUAUACAGAUAGAGUUAACAUCACAUUAAUAUGAGAGAAAAAAACGAGUUGGUGAUUCAUAUUAAAAAAACCACCACUAACUUUUACAACAUGUACAUGAGCUUCGAGUCUAGCAAAUUCAAGCCUGGUUGCAAGUGUGUGCACGGGAAACCCUGUGCAAAAAUGUUCACAGAAAUUUCAUUUAAAUCGGCUAAUGUUGGGAAACUUGCAAAUGUUAGCGAACGUGAGAAGGGAUAGGUAACAGGUAAUCUGUUUCUAGAUGACCAAAACAACACAUCUGCUUCUCUCAGAGCAUGUAUACUUCCCACAGAUGUAUGAUGGACGAAGUCGGAUGAUGAUUGUAUCCUGAAAAGUUCUGUCCCCGUGAUCCUCAAGGUGAAGCAGACAUAGCGGUGGCUUCUACUAAACUGUCCUGAGAGUAAAGCACACAUCUAAGAGAUGUGCACUUUACACACACUGUAGCACCACAAAAUCUAAGUUUAAAAAUGCAUCAACUGUGGGAUACUUUCCAGACUUGGGGUUGGGGUUGGUCAGAGGAUGAUAGAAUGGAGCACAGAGGAGUCUUUUGUAGCUGGCUGGCUUGCUAAAUUCAGUGUUUUCAGCACUGGGGACCUGCCAGCUCAGAUCUCCAAUCCUCAGAGGCUCACAAACUUCCUGCGUGGGCUCCUCCUGCUAGGAGUCGCUUGAGGAUGGAUGUAUAAGGGGACACAGAAGGAAAAACAGAUUCAGCCACCCUUCAGCUCCACACAGUUUUACAAUAGGAACGGUGGAGAGAAGAGUGGGGCGAAUACAAGAGGCCCCGUGUUGGUGGCAGUUUUUUCGCAGCCGCGCAGCUUGUGGAUGACUUCCGUUCCGUGGGGGGGGUGGGGGGGUGGACCAGUUAGGCAGGUAGGGCUCUGGGUCCCACAGGGACUGACCUUUGUCCCCCUGCUUGCUAAUAGCGGAAACUAAGCCAUAAAGAUAGAAUAAAGGCUCCACUGCUUGGCUUUUUGUUUUGAGUUUAAAUCGCUAACCCGCGGCAGUGAAGGGAACCUCUCCUAGGGUGAAGCUCUGGAGCGCAGCGGGCAAAGACUUCUCUGCAGGACCGCGCGGUGGCUCAGUUCCAGGAGCCACAAACUUGCCAGGAUCAGAGACAAUCAACUAAACCCAGGUCGUACUCACCGCACUUUCGAGACGCGCGAGUGCAGGAAAACUCCCGCGAAUCCCCUGGGAAAGGACACCAUGCCCCCCAGGUCUCUCCCCAACCUCUCCUUGCCCACCGAGGCGAGCGAGAGCGAGUUGGAACCCGAGGUGUGGGAAAAUGAUUUCCUGCCUGACUCAGACGGGACCACCGCGGAGUUGGUAAUCCGCUGUGUGAUACCAUCCCUCUACCUAAUCAUCAUCUCGGUGGGCUUGCUGGGCAACAUCAUGCUGGUGAAGAUAUUCCUCACCAACAGCACCAUGCGGAGUGUCCCCAACAUCUUCAUCUCUAACCUGGCUGCGGGAGACCUGCUGCUGCUGCUGACCUGCGUCCCAGUGGAUGCCUCCCGAUACUUCUUUGAUGAAUGGGUGUUCGGCAAGCUGGGCUGCAAACUCAUCCCAGCCAUCCAGCUCACCUCGGUGGGGGUUUCCGUGUUCACUCUCACGGCCCUCAGCGCUGACAGGUACAGAGCUAUCGUGAACCCCAUGGACAUGCAGACGUCUGGUGUGGUGCUGUGGACCAGUUUGAAGGCCGUGGGCAUCUGGGUGGUCUCUGUGCUGUUGGCUGUCCCUGAGGCUGUGUUUUCGGAAGUAGCACGCAUCGGUAGCUCGGAUAACAGCAGUUUCACAGCAUGCAUACCCUACCCACAAACAGAUGAGUUACAUCCAAAGAUCCACUCAGUGCUCAUUUUUCUUGUCUAUUUCCUCAUACCCCUUGUUAUCAUCAGCAUUUAUUAUUAUCACAUUGCGAAGACUUUAAUUAGAAGUGCACACAAUCUUCCUGGAGAAUACAAUGAACAUACCAAAAAGCAGAUGGAGACACGGAAACGCCUGGCCAAGAUCGUUCUGGUGUUUGUGGGCUGCUUUGUCUUCUGCUGGUUUCCCAACCACAUCCUCUACUUGUAUAGGUCUUUCAACUACAAGGAGAUCGAUCCUUCUCUUGGACACAUGAUUGUCACCUUAGUGGCCCGGGUUCUGAGUUUCAGCAACUCCUGUGUCAACCCGUUUGCUCUUUACCUGCUCAGUGAAAGCUUCAGGAAGCAUUUCAACAGCCAGCUCUGUUGUGGGCAGAAGUCCUAUCCUGAGAGGUCUACCAGCUACCUCCUCAGCUCUUCAGCAGUAAGAAUGACUUCUCUGAAAAGCAACGCGAAGAAUGUGGUGACCAAUUCUGUCCUGCUCAACGGACAUAGCACAAAGCAAGAAAUAGCACUGUGAUCGGAGACCAUCCAAUUCAUCCUCGGGAAAUACCAUUUUCGCAGCUUUUCCAUUAUUAUUGAGCGAAGCAGAGCUAAAUAAUCACCACAUUUAUACUGCUCCCCAGCUAAUUCAUGAUUGACUCAAGCGCAAGGCACGCACUUUUGUCUGAAUAGAAAGAAUUUUACCUUACACCACACACAUCUAACUCACACGUAAUUCACAUAUAUCUCCUGCUAACAUCGGUUUACACAUUCCCUUGGGAUUUAAGACAUUCCAACAAGCAAAUGUGGCAUAUUGCCUUUAAAUUCUUAAGCCAUAUAGAACAUUUCCAUAAUGACUCUGUAAUUUAGUGAGAGGUAAUGAUCAAACUCCCAUUAUUUGAAAUAUAAAUUACAUCAUUCUGCUGAGGAAAUUUUAUCCAUAAUUAGUAUUUAUAUAUAUAUAUAUAUAUAUAUAUAUAUAUAUGUGUGUGUGUGUGUGUGUGUGUAUGUAUACAUUAAUUUGAAAAAUACCAAAGUGGAGCUUAAUCAUAUUUCAUUAAUAUUUAUUGUUCUUUGUAUAAUUAUAUUUUACAGAAAGGUUUGUAAGUCCUAGGUAUUGUACUGGAAAAUAUGAUGGCAUUUUAUUAUGAAUUAUAAAUUGAUAUAUGAAUAUGACUUACCUUGCACAUGUAAAACGUUAUAUAAUAUGCUCCAAAUUUCAACACUGUUACUUGUAUAUUUGCAUGACAAUCUUUGUAAACACCUAAAUUCCUUGCAAAUUGACUGCUUCUGCAUAGAUAGAUUUGUGUAAUUCAGACGAGUUCUCAUGUGCUGUUGUCAACUUACAAGUGUAUGGGAUCUCAGGCAUUUUUUUUUUCUUCUCUGCAUGGUAUUACAGUUUUCACCAAAUAAACAUCUUUCCAUUUGUCAAGAAA